GUGCCUUCAUUGACUACGGUUUACCUCGGUGUUUAGUUCAGAGUUUCUACACCUGUAAGAGAACACUACAGUGAAAAGGCGGCAUUACCAGCUGUCAAAUGGUUGCCAUCCAGCUCUAGGAGCAGUAGGGUAUCAGCAAAUAAGGCUGCCCACGCAAGAGCUAAAGCAGAAACCGCCAAGGUGCGAGCGUCAUACACUGAACAGGAAGCAAAACUGAAAAUGGAAAAGGCUGCCAGAGAAGCCAAAAACCAAAUGCAAAGUUAUCCACUUUGGAAGCUGGAACAAGAGGGCAGAGUAUUGUCUGAACGGUGUCGAGUUAGGUACCAUCUGGAUGCAACAAAUAUUGAGUUUAAUUUAUUCUGGUGGUGAUAUAUCUGCAAUCCAACGUAAACUCGCAAUAGAGCGUGUUCCUUGGAUUGAAGUGCCAGACUCAAAAUUUCCAGAACGCCCAUCACCUCGACUGAAUGUCAUGCAUUUGCCCUACCAACUCAUUCCUAAGGGGCUGAAGGAAAAGAAGGGAAAAGUUAUUUAUGUUGCACGGAAUCCUAAGGACAUCAUGGUCUCUUCAUAUUAUUUCCAUAAAUAUUUUGCCAUGUUUGAAGCACCAAAGAAUUUCAUGGACUUCUUUGAAAAAUUCCUUGAUGGUAGAGUGGUAUUCAGCUGUUGGUUUGACCACAUCAGGGACUGGUAUGUUCACAAGGAUGAAUUCAACUUUUUGCUGAUAACCUAUGAGCAAUUGAAGAAGGAUUGUCGAGCGACGAUACAAAAAAUAUGCAACUUCGUUGGAAGACAGUUGGAUGAUGAACAACUUGAGAAUGUGAUGAAGUACAGCUCGUUCAAUGAAAUGAAAACAAAUCCAAUGGCCAACUAUGAAAACAUCCCCAAAAAAGAGAUGGGUACAUUUCUUCGUAAAGGGAUAAUUGGUGACUGGAAAAAUCAUUUCACAGUUGCUCAGUCUGAGAUGUUUGACAAAAUUUUCCAAGAAAGAAUGAAGGAUGUUCCACUGGAGUUCAUCUGGGAUGAAAAAUAACUUCUUUUUUUAAAAAACAGAAUAAGAAGAAGUAAAAAGCAAAAACUUGUAGAUGGUGAUAUUUUAGAAAUAAUAGAAAAUAUUUUCAGUGCGAUCUUAUUGUCAUCAUUAUGUGCCAUGAUGUAUGACAUGGGCAAUCAUGGUCUUCCAUCUGUCUUUAACCUGAGAAGUUCUAAUAAGCUCUUCCAAACUUUUGCCUGUCCAUCUCUUGAUGUAACUCAUGAAUGUGAGUUAUUCAUGUUGAUCGUGACUUUGUCAUCCAUCAGUUUUUCCUAUCACUGCAAGAUGUUCAAGCUUCUCUUUCCUCAGUAUGUGUCCCAGACGUUCUGGUUGCCGUUUCCUCAUUGAUGACAUCGGCUCCCAUCUUAUUCAAGCUGUUCGCAACUCUUCCUCAUUUGUUAGAUACAGCCCUUGUGGCUAAAGGGAUCAGGGGGUAUGGAGAGAAAGCAGGUACAGGGUUCUGAGUUGGAUGAUCAGCCAUGAUCAUACUGAAUGGUGGUGCAGGUUCGAAGGGCCAAAUGGCCUACUCCUGCCCCUAUUUUCUAUGUUUCUAUGUCACUCUAUCCUUCCACGAUAUUGCCAUCAUUCUUCUCAAAAACCACAUUUCCGCAGCUUCAAGUUGUUAACUUUUGGCUGAAGUGAGGCUGUUGUGGGCUGAGCUAUUUCACCCUCGAGGUGAGGGAUGUUGGUGAGUGAUACAUUAUUUGAACCCAACCUUGGGACAGGAAGAAAUAAAGAAAAUCGAUUAAAUUACUGAUCUGUUUAUUUUCAUAUGAGAUUUUCUGCCUUAGCUGGCAUCUUUAUUGAUUGCAUUUUUACAUUUGGCAAGAGUAUAUUUUCUUUUACGCUGAAACAGACAAUAAAUGUGAUAGAUAAUGAGAUUAAUUGAAAAAAGGUACAUUUAGAUUUACAAAAUACACUAAUUUUUCUAAGAAGCAAGACCCUUAUUUUACAUAUAAGCAUUUCCAUCUUUUUGUAGGAAACAGCAAUACUUUAUUUUGUGAUGGUUGGGCAUUUUUGUAUUUAUCCUGAUUCAAUUAAAAUAUAUUUCUUUAUUGCAUGUUUAAAUUGACUUGUAUUCUAAUGUUAACAUAUGGUCUUGUCUUGAUUGAAACUGAUUAAAAUUAGAUGUUGCACUUGA